AUGGCGCUCCGUCACGGCCCUCGAGGAGCAUCAGUGGAGCUAGGGCAAUCUAGGAGACCGGAUAUCUCGGCUGAUGCGGCGCUCGCCCUCGUCGCCCUCCUCGCGGCGUCCCUCCUCCCCGCCGCUCACGCACGCAAGGACGUGCUCAGCUCCCCGGACGACGCUUCCGCCACCACCUCCGCGCUGCCCGCGUUUGCCUCCACGGAUGCUGCCGUCUCCGCCGUCUCCGCCGCCGCUGCAGGUGGCGCGAGCGUCGCGGAGGCGAUCGCGGAUAUGAUUCAGCGUCAGGGCCCGCGGAUUCUUAAUGUUGAGUCUUAUAACGCGGAUGAGCCUCUCCCGGAGCACCUGAAGGACAUGGAGACGCACAGGCGCGAGCUUCAGUGGAAGCCCCCCCUUACUGAUAAUUGUGGCAGGACGACCCUGAGAAUUGCUCAGAAGUACGUGGGCGUUUGGUAUCAGAAGAACUACAUCUUCAAUCUAACCAUGCCGUGCGCUCGGGAGCUGCACUUUGCGAACGGGGAUACGUAUUUCAUGCCCGACGAGUUUGUGGGUACGGAGUGUACUCUUCCUAUUUUGUACGGUGUUCCUAAAAAAUAG